AUGAAUAAAAUAAUUAACAAUGUAACUAGAGAAUGUGGUCACUGUAUUCCACCAAAUCCCUAUAAAAACCGAGCUCCUCGUCAGGAUCCUCACAGUUCGACUUCGAAGAACAAUCCAACUAAAAAAAUGAAUUCCAACGUUGUCUUCUUUCUCCUCUUCUUGGGUCUGUCUCUAACCCAGGCAGUCCCAACGAACAUCAAAGAGAAAUCACUGGACGAAGGCCAUGAUCUGAAAAUCGAGAAGACAGAAGAAGACGACCAGGCUAGAUCCAAGAAAUCAGUCAUCUGUCUGGACUCAGGUAGCAUGGUACCUCAAGCGCAAAGUUAUAGCAUCCAAGCUGCUCCUCAGCCUGUUCAAACGUUGAACAUUCAGCAAGUACCCCAACGAGUGCAAACACUUAAUAUCCAACCUGUUCCUCAACAAGUUCAAACUUUCAGCAUCCAACCUGCUCCUCAGCCAGUCCAAACCUUCAGCGUGAUUCAACCUCCUGCUCAAACUUCCUUGAAAUUUAUCCAACCGCCUCAACCUUGUCCACCUUCUCAAACCAACGUCAACAUCAUCCAACCACCAAAAGAAGAGAAACCUGUGAAACCAAUGGUUGAAACUAUUAUCAGAGAGAAGAUUGUGAAGCCUGAACCUAAACCAGAGAAGAUCGUGGCCCCUAAAAUAGAGAAGGAACCUAUUCUGCCUGUGUACGAGGAACAAAUGAUGGUGGUUCCCCCCAAGCCUGUUAUGAUGAUUACUGAACCUGAACCUGUGGCUACUUUUGUCAAGGUACCUCAGUGUCAACAAUGUCAACAGAGUAUUAUGCAGUGCAGCUGCACUAAACAGCAAGUUCCUACUUUGAGCUCGGCUGUCAUCAUGGAGCCUGCUAUGAGGAUGUAUAAGGAGAGAAGUAUGGGCCGCCAUAUGGGUCCCAUGAGCCAUCGUAUGUUUCAUCAUAUGUGAUCUGUGCACCUAGAAGAAGAGGUUACCAGAGCUGGACCUAGAGUAGCGAAGAAGAUAAAAAAUGAGAGAAAAUAUACGAUUGUGAAAAAUAUGAAUAAAAUUUAAAGAAACAUA